AUGCCUAGAUUUCCCAAAGCGUUUGGGCGGCGAAAAUCGAACGCCAACGUGCUCGAGGACGUCCCGGACGUGCCGGCGGGAGAAGGGACAUUCAAAGUUUUUGAGAGAGCAGACGGGGUGAGCAAAUCGUUCGACGGAGGAGUGAAGUUUGCGAAGGUUAAAGGGAAUUCGGCGAGACCAAAAACCUCGCAUCUGGAGGAUGAUAACAUGUUUAUGAAUAUAAACAACAAUCGUGGUAGUGGCGCUUCUAAUACCAACACCGCAUCUACGACAGAUAACUCAUCGAGGUUGAGCGCAGCGUCGACGACACCUUCAUCCACAGACGUCUCGGGGCGAGAGGAAUGGCGGUCGCCUCACGACAAGCCAUUUAGCGAUAUCCCAGUACCUCCCAUACCCAAAUCAUCAUCUACUUUCUCCCUUAAAAAUGCCGGGAGAACUCUGUCUUGGGGACGAACCAAGCCAACGCCCCCCUCGCCACCAAGAGAGGAGACCUCUCCAAUCGAGCGAGAGCCCGCGGCUAUUAGAGAAAGGGCAAUGACAGCAUCAAGCUAUGCAAGCACGGCAACACCGCCAAAGCUCGAAAAAGAUAUUGGACUAAGUAUGGGAGGGGAUUUUUCGGACAUGUUCUCGGGAAUUGGAAAGAGGAAGAGCGCGGUGAUGGAAUCUAAGGAUACCAGGGCCAGGUCACACAGCCCUGAGAUUUCCCGAACCUCAGCACAACCCCGUUAUAACCAACCGACUGCUCUAAGCAUCGAUAAAUCGAGACAGGUAGAAGCCUCGCUACCUUCUUGGAGCAGCGAACACUCCAACGACGGUCUGAUGUCCAACACGAGCCCGCCUCCCUUUGCCACACGCCAGCAGGAACGAGCCCCCCCUGUCCCUCAACAUAAUACUGGUUACAAUAGGGUUCAAAGACCUGGAGCGCUCGCCGAUACAGGUUUGAGAAGAACUAGUGGAUAUUCCGGGAAGCGUCAAUCGACGAUUGACUCGGGGGAAGCUGUGGAUGAGGAUGCUUUGCUGCUCAGAGAAUCCGUGAAUGCGAGUCGACGGCUCAAUAGUCCGGAUACCCAUCCCCAGGUCCGUAAGAGCUGGGCUUUGCCUUCAGCGUCGUCCCCUCCUAUCGAGGAUACAUCCGCUUCGUCAUGGACCACAGGAUCUGUUCAAACUACCCCGAAGGCCCGAAAGCCAGUGCCAAUGCUUAACGAGCAUGACGAUGGCUUAUUUGACAACCAUUUAGCUGCAUCAGCGAAUAUCGCCCAAAGAUUCCAGGAGGAGUCUUUGUAUCCUCCACCAGCAAGAAACGCAGCACCGCAAAAUAAGGUCAUGACGCCUGCUCAAUUUGAGAGAUACAAGCAAGACCAGGAAAGGCUCAGAAGCGUUGGGGGGCAAUCAAGGGAUGAGGAAGAGGAGGAAGAGGAUGAGACUUAUGACGAUGAAGAGGACGAGGCUGAGAAGAACAAGCAACUUGCAAAGCAGCGCCGGAAACAGGAGGCUCACAUGGUUGUUUAUCGACAACAGAUGAUGAAGGUGACUGGGGAAACCUCGUCUGGACCACCUGCCGCGACCCGUCCGAGUGUGUUCGCCACUCAGAGCAGCCCCAAUCUUGGAUUAUCUGGAAAAUCGAGUUCUGACGACAACGAGGAGGAAGACGAAGAAGUUCCAUUGGGUAUUCUGCAAGCACACGGAUUCCCAAACAAGAGCAAGCCACCCCGCAUAGGAUCAAACCCCAACUUGCGUGCUUCUGCCCAGUCUCUCGCGGGCAAUCCAGCCGAUCCAAGACUCCCUGUCUUUGCAAGACACCUGCCACAAGAUCCGUAUUUCGGCGCUAGCGUUGUCAAUCCAAUGAACCGCGAGUCUUUUGGCUUUGGUGGUGGCGGCGGGCCCGGUAGUGUAGCUGGCUCUGUUUCGGGAGGACCCUCUAGGGGAUUACAACCAGGAGGCCUUGUAGGUGUGAUUGCUACUGAAGAAAGAUCUCGCGCUAUGAGGAGAGGCAGUCCAAAUCCACAGGGAGAGUAUGGUCCCCCAUCAAAUGGUUUCAACGGUAUGGGAGGUAUGGGAAUGCCGCCAAAUGGAAUGAUGCCUGGCCAGAUGGGUCAAAUGGGCCCUGGGAACCCGAUGAUGAUGACUCCGGGAGAUCAAGCUCAGAUCCAAAUGUCGCAGCAAAUGCAACAAUUCAUGCAGAUGCAGAUGCAAUUUAUGCAAAUGAUGACAUCUGGUCAAGGUCAAGGUCAAGGUCCGCCCCAGCAAAAUGGACAUGUGUCGCAACCAUCCAUGGGAUCAAUGCCACAAUCUAACAGCCCGCAUUUGCGUCCUACUAGUUCUCACCAGCGAGCCAUGACUAUGCUGGAUCCCAAUGCUGCACCCUGGAUGCAGAACGGACACGGCUCCCUGUAUGCUCCUUCGAUGAAUGGCCAGGGUGGCUACGCUCCGUCGAUUGCACCCUCUGAGAGAAGCAACAUCGGCUUACCAGGCCGGUAUAGGCCGGUAACACACACUCCAGCAGCCGAUAACAAGUCAAGAACUUCGACAAUGACAGGCGCGCUUCAAGGCUGGGAGAACAAGAACAGCACUGCAACUAUUAAAGCAGUCAAGAAGUCUGGAAACGAAGAAGACGAAGACGACGAGGAAGGAUGGGAGGAGAUGAAGAAGAAGCGCGAGAAGAAGAAGUCGAUAUGGAGAACGAAAAAGGGCGAAUCUACUAAUGGGCUGAAGGAGAUGCUGGGUUACACGUAG